AUGGCCCCGAAAGAGGACCAGAUCGCUGUCGAUCCUGACUUUUAUACCUUGGCGGACGACUACCAACCGGAUGACUUCCAAUCUGAGACCACCUCACUUACGUCUUCCAUCGCAAAGGGCCGUCUCGAAAAUGGCCGAAGAUAUCAAGCCAUGAAGGAUAAUUACUGGGGUCCUUCUGAUGAACAGCAAUUCGAAGCCUUCGAGAUUGGUCAUUUGGUAUUCCUAGUGCUUGACCACAACGAGCCAAAUCCUCUUUUCCAUUCUCCUAUUAAAGAGAAACCGAAGCAUAUUCUGGACAUUGGAACUGGUAAAGGCAGUUGGGCUGUGGAUGUCGCAGAUCUAUAUCCAGAUGCAACCGUUCGUGGGGUCGACAUUUUCCCACCGCCCGUCACCUGGAUGCCCCGGAACUGCGUUUUCGAGGUGGACGACGUGCUUCGCGAAUGGACAUGGCGAGAUCCAUUUGACUUUAUCCACCUGCGCGUGAUGUGUGGCGCAUUCACCGACGAAGGAUGGGAUCAAGUCUACCGGCGAGCUUACGACGCGCUCGAGCCUGGCGGCUGGAUUGAACAUAUGGAGCUGGAUGUCCGAGCAUUCAGCGACGACGGCACUUUGACCGAAGACAAAAAUUUGUAUUCGUGGGGUGAUAUCUUCAUUGGAUGUGCCAAACGAGCUGGGCAGUCGCUCCUAACACAGGAAACCAUGCGCGGGGCGAUCGAGAAGGCUGGCUUUGUGGACGAUCGAAUUCUGAAGGAGGCCGGUCAGCUUCAGAACGCCCACUGGAACACUGCUCUGGAGGGCUGGGCCAUGUGGCUUCUUACUCACCACGGAGCUCCGAAGCCGUGGACGAGGGAGGAAGUCCAGGUUUACCUGGCGAAGAUUCGCGAGGAGCUGAGGGACCCCCAUAUCCAUGCCUAUGAGCUAGCUCGCCGUGUGUGGGCCAGAAAGCCCACUCUGGAGGAACAGAAGGCAAAAGAAGCUAAGGUUAAGACCGAGCCUGCUCCUUAA